AUGGGAUGGUCUGCAAGAAGAGAUCUCAGGGCUGCCUUACGCGGAGUUCAGGAACCUGAAGCUGCGAAAGAUCUUGAAAAAUGGAACACUUCCACUCCCAUGGGACAGCGCAGGGCUACUAUGUCGUUGCAACUUAUCAGUGCCUUCAAGUGUGAUUCUUACAACUUAUAUUUUGACUGGUUGGUCUGGCAGUUUCCUGCUGAUGCUUCAGGUUCCUUCUCUUGGGCGCACGAGGCGUCUCCAUGUGCCUACGCCCGCCUCUGUCGCGCCGGCUUCUUGCCUGUAGCAGAGUCCUUCCAUCAUUCAAGCAUUGACAAGGCUUUCGACGAGGUAUUGGGUGGCUGUGUGCGCCGUCAUGGGGAAAACUGGUUGUGGAGGCCUGUCAGACAGUGCCUUAGAGCGCUCCACAGGCGAACCCUGCGUGACGCUCACUUAGGGCUUCAGGGACCCCCUAACGUUGCACGAAUACAAGAAAAUAAUACAGAAAGCGGUAGCAGUUCCUCGUCCUCUACUUCUAAUACGCAGUGCUCGAGCAGGGAUCAUCUAUGCGCACCGGAUGUGAAGGUGCACAGCUUCGAGAUUUGGACGCGGCUCUGCGAUUUGGAGAGACUUCGGCUGCUACCACUUAAACCCCAGCGCGAACUCAACACCGCAAGCACGCGCCAAACAGUGGUAGAGGCUUCUGCAGUAUUCUCGACAGCAGAAGCCUCAGAAGGUCCAGGAGCAGCGGGCCCCGAUUUGUCAGAGGUUCUGUCCUCCCUGGGUUCUUCGUCGAUUGUGGGGGCUCCCAGCAGCUCUUACAAAGGCCUCUGUCUUGUGGCCGGAGAGAUUGGAGUGUCUGUCGGUCAGGUAUACACGAGCCUUACAGCGUUCACUGAUGCGGAUUCCGCAGGCGCCGCGCAAAUUGCAGCUGUUCGCCUCCUCCUCCGCACAGCUGGCUACCAGCUGCUGGACUUUGGCAUGCCGCUUCCUUAUAAGGAAACCCUGGGGGCCAAGCGCUUGCCUCGCCACCUGUUCCUGAAGUUAUUCAAGAAACUGAGAGAGAGAGAAACAGUAGCGUUAGAUGCUGCUAUGCAGCAGUGUUGCCAGGCAGUCCUUCGGUCAAAGAAAGAUCUGGAAGGGACAACGGAUGGGAAUGAGAAGGACAGAGAAAAAGAACAGGAUGGACAUAAAGAGAAAAAGUUGGAGGAGGACCAGGAAAAGAACGUCGAACUGCGUAGGGGCUGCGAAGCAAAAAGGAAGCGAACUUCGGGGAUAUUGGGGGCUAUUCCACAAACCGAGAAGACAGAAAGAGACAUCCGUUUGCCCCAAGGCUUUUGGGGUUGCUGCGAACUGCUACAACUUUUGGGGAAUACGCAGAAUGCUCCCAAGGCCUGUGGUGAGAGCAUAGAGCACAGUUGA